GCAAAAAAGUAUUGAAAAAAUAUUGAAAGAAGAAUGUUGAAUGCGAGAAUUUUGAUCGUAUUUGGAUUGGUGAGUUAUGGAGUUUUUGCCAGAAAUAUGGAUGGCAAUCGUGAGUAUCAAUUUCUUAAAGAGACGAGUAACAAGAAACACGGUGGCUCUAUGUUGAUGGAAAUAGCGAAGGAACUUGUGCAAAGAUCUUCGACGAGCAGCCAGGUGUUGAAUCUAAAUUUAUCAAAUUUGUUAUUGCUUUUGGUAUUGAAAGCGGUCGUUUUUGGUGCAGGAUAUUUAGGAAAUCAUGGUUACAAAGGGCGUGAAUUGGAAGAAGAAAACGUAGUAUCCGAAGGUGAGGUUACACUGGCAUUGGGAUAUUUAAUGGGAGAUACUUGUCUAUAUAGAGCAGCUUGUGAAGAACCUCACGUUGCGAAGGAAUAUUUAAGAGCUGCAGAAAUAAUCAUCGAAACAAUGAAAUUGUUGCCACACGGUUUGUUAAUUGAAGGAACGUACGAGAAAACAUUGGCAGAAAUUCGAAAAGCCAUCGAACAUGGUGUUACAGAUGGCUGUCCGCCUGAAUAUACUUGCAAAAAGGAGAAUAUUAAAAAUUUCUUGAAAGAAAAUAGAAAGUGA